GCUCUGAGCUCAUCUCUUUCCUUCCUUCCUUCCUUCCUUCCUUCGACAACGAAACUAACGAAUUCCCGGCGGUUUCGUCCGAUCGCCAAACACCGAAUCGCGGCGGCAGGAUGCUUCGCGCCCACGGUCUGGCUCGAGUCUCUCUCUGCGGCCUCUCUCCGGCAGGCCCGGCUCCCUCGGCGAUCUCGAUCUCCGGGACGAGGACGGGGACGAGGACGGCGGCGGGGCGUUGCGGCCUCAGAUGGCGAGCAAUGGGUGGCGCCGGCGCCUACACGACGUCGUGCGAUAAGCAGCUCCUCUUCCGUCAGCUCUUCGAGGAGGAGUCGUCCACUUACACUUACCUGCUCGCCGACGUUUCUCACCCCGAUAAGCCCGCCGUGUUAAUUGACCCAGUUGAUAAGACGGUUGACAGGGACCUCUCUUUAGUGGAAGAGCUUGGGUUGAAGCUGAUAUAUGCAAUGAACACGCAUGUACACGCUGAUCAUGUAACUGGGACUGGUUUGAUAAAGGGGAAAGUCCCUGGAGUAAAAUCUGUCAUUUCGAAGGCGAGCAAUGCAAGAGCUGACUGUCUUAUAAAAUCAGGAGAGAAGAUUCAUUUUGGCAAUCUAUUCCUUGAGGUCAGGGCUACACCAGGACAUACGCAAGGAUGUGUUACAUAUGUUACAGGACACGGACCUGGUCAACCCCAACCAAGGAUGGCUUUCACUGGAGAUGCCUUGCUAAUUCGUGGGUGUGGGCGGACUGAUUUUCAGGGUGGAAGUUCACUUCAAUUGUACCAGUCGGUGCAUUCACAGAUUUUCACAUUACCCAAGGAUACAUUGGUCUAUCCUGCUCAUGACUACAAGGGAUUCACUGUCAGCUCUGUGGGGGAGGAACUUCUCUACAAUCCCAGGCUUUCGAAAGAUGAGAAAACUUUCAAGAGUAUUAUGGAAAAUCUAAAUCUCUCGUACCCCAAGAUGAUUGAUGUGGCUGUUCCUGCAAACAUGGUCUGUGGGUUUCAAGACCUGUCUGCAAAGCCAGCUGAGGCUGCAUCAAACUAGGCAAAGUCAGGGAAAAAAACUCAGUUUCACGGUUAUACGCAGGCUAAAUGUCAGAUUACCACUAAUUUUAUUGUUGCAAAAAGUAGUGGCUGCCGUCAUGCCCCACUAGUCCAUCCACAAUGGAUCUCCUCUCGGACACUCAGAUCAAGAUAUGGAUGCUCCAAGAUCUGUGUAUUUCUAGCUUAUUACUGUUUGCCUUGACUCUUACCUGGUACAUCUGUGUAUCUAUAACAUAAACAUGACGAAAUAACAGGUACUCACUGCUCAAGGUUAUAAUUGCUUCAAGUUUACAUAAUUUUCUCA